AUGGGAGGAUCAGGUAUUGGAGCUACCACUGCAGAAGCUUUUGCCCAGCACGGCGCCAAGGUUGCAAUUGUCGGACGAAAUGAAGCUAACUUAAAAGGUACUGAAGCUGCCUGCAAAGCAGUCAAUAGCCGAGCCGAAAUAUUGCCUAUCCUUGCUGACGUAACAACAGAUGCCGAACGUAUUAUAAACGAAACUGUGGUGAAAUUCGGAAAACUGGAUGUGCUGGUGAACAAUGCCGGCAUAUUUGCAACUGGCAAUAUUUUAAACAUUGAAGUUGACCAAUUUGACCAAAUUUUAAAUACUAACUUGCGUUCGGUAUUCCUUUUGACCAAAUUCGCUGCCCCACAUCUGGUGAAAACUCAGGGAAAUAUUGUAAAUGUUUCCAGUGUCGCUGGUCUGCGUUCAUUUGCGGAUGUCUCCCGCUACUGUACCUCUAAGGCAGCUCUUGAUCAGUUUACCAGAUGUAUUGCUCUGGACUUGCCAGCACAUAAUGUACGCGUGAACGCGGUUAAUCCUGGUGUUAUAGUCACAGAUAGUUCCAUACGUGCCGGCAUGUCGAAGGAGGAAUAUGAAAAAUAUUUGGAACAUUGUAAGGAAACGCAUGCACUAGGCCGCGUUGGCUCCACUAAAGAAGUAGCCGAUGCUAUCAUUUUUCUAGCUGCUGAUACCGCCAGUUUUAUAACAGGCACAACUUUGCCCAUCGAUGGCGGUAAACAUGCUAUGUGUCCGCGUUAAAAAGGAACUUAAUGUUUAGUUAGAUGACAACAAUAAAAAAUUAAUAAUUUGAUUACAAGUAAUUUUAAAAAUGUGAAACUAUUUAA